UGACGGUCGAUGUCACCUUUUUUGGAGAGUUAUUUGUGAGCAAUGAAUGAGUGUAUGAGAAUUUGAGAAUUGUAUUGAAUAGUAUUGAAAAUUGAAAUAAGUAAAAUCAAGUGUAAUCAAAUGGAAAAAAAACAAGAAAUUAGCGAGGAAACGUGUAAAGUAAAAAUAGAGUAUAAUGAGGUUGAUGAUGCUCCUUUGGAUGGCUUCAUAGAUAGGGAGGCGGAUGGCUUUAAAUGUGAAAUUAAAGAGGAUUCUGAUAGGCAAAGUUCACAUGAUACAUAUGAUUAUUUCGAUUUAAAGGAAUAUCCCAUAAAGACUGAAAUAGAACAAGAUGGAAAUAAACUGUGCCCAUCUGAAGAAAACCAAAAUAUUGAAAAAGGGUCCCCAUAUGAUUAUUUGGAUUUAAAGGAAUUUCCCAUAAAUACUGAAAUAGAACAAGAUGGAAAUAAACUUGGUCUAUCUGAAGAAAAUCAAAAAAUUGAAAAAGGGUCCCCAUAUGAUUAUUUGGAUUUAAAGGAAUAUCCCAUAAAUACUGAAAUAGAAAACCAAAAAAUUGAAAAAGGUCUCCCUUGGGAAUACAUUCACACUGAUGCAAGCAAAGAAUUUAACGAUCAUAUUAGAAAUAACAGCAAUUUUAGUCAAUAUUCAACUGCUGCUGUAUAUACGAACACUAAGGAAAAACCUUUUUUAUGUGAAAUUUGCAACAAACAGUUUUCACAAAUAUCCCAUUUAAAGGAACAUCAAAUAGUGCACACUGGAAGAACGUCUUACAAGUGUGAAAUUUGUUUUAAGCAGUUUAUUACAUCAAUGAGUUUGAACAAACAUAUGCGAUUACACACUGGAGAAAAACCAUACAAGUGUAAAAUUUGUUUUAAGCCGUUUUCUCAGGCAGGUAAUUUGAAAAAACAUAUUAGAGUGCACACUGGGGAAAAACCUUACAAGUGCGAAACUUGUUUCAAGCAGUUUACUACAGCAGAUCAUUUAAAAACACAUUUGCGAGUGCACACUGGAGAAAAACCUCAUAAGUGUGAAGUUUGUUUUAAGCAAUUUAGUCAAGCAAAUUCUUUGAAAACACAUUUGAGAGUACACGCUGAAGAAAACCCUUACAAGUGUGAAAUUUGUUUUAAGCAGUUUCUUACAGCAAGUAAUUUGAAAAGACAUUUGAAAGUGCACACCAGGGAAAAUCCUCAUAAGUGCGAAAUUUGUUUCCAGGAGUACAGUAGUUCAUUUGAAUUGAAAAUACAUUUAGGAACGCACACUGAAGAUAAACCUUAUAAGUGUGAAAUUUGUUAUAAGCAAUUUGGUGAUUCACGUUAUUUGAAAAGACAUAAUUUGAGAGUGCACAAAGGAGAAAAACCUUACAGGUGCGAAAUUUGUUUUAAGCACUUUCAUGAGAAGAGUACUUUGAAAAUACAUUGUAGAGUGCAUACUGGAGAUAAACCUUACAAGUGUGACAUUUGUUUUAGGCAGUUUAGUCAAGCAAGUACUUUGAAAACACAUUUGAAAGUGCACACUGAUGAAAAAGCUUAAUAAACUAUAAACACGAUAUACAUGCUCCAGUCAUUAACUUGUAUUUGUGGUUUUAAACUGUGUAUUUUGUAAAUUAAUACUAUGUACAUAUUUUGUAUUUUUAGAAUUAGUAUUAGUAUAGGUUGUAAUAAUAUUUAAUUAGCUGUAAUUUUUUAUGUAUAAAGGAGUUUGGUCCAAAAAGCUAUGCAAAAGAAACUUGGUCCAUAAUAAACGAUCUUCGAAAUAAAACUCACACAGCUCAAACAUUUUCCCUUCCAGAUCCAGAAAAUCUAAAUGAAUACUUUGUUAAUGUGAGUAAAAAUUUAACAUCAACUAUUUUGUUAACAAGAUCCCAUUUCCCACCUUCCUAAUUCUGGAAAGGUCUCGAAUUCAUUCUUUAUAAGCCCGGUUGAUAAAUCUGAACUGAUCCAAACAAUCAAUAGUAUUAAAAGCAAAUCUUCCUGUAGUACCGAUGGACUAUCCAUAAAAAAUUUCUCAAAUCUCCCGGAAAAUGUGUUAGCGAGUCCUCAUCUCUCUAAUUAAUAAUUAUUUUGAGAAAGGUAAAUUUCCAGAGUGCCUAAAGACAGCCAUCAUUAUUCCUCUUCGUAAGGGUGGUGAAAAAUAUAAUGCCUGUAAUUAUAGACCUAUUGCAUUACUAUCGGUACUCCAAAAUUAUUGAGAGACUUAUAAAAGCCCGACGUAUGUCCUUUCUCGUUGAAAACAACAUUUUAUCGCAAAAUCAGUUCGGCUUUUUAAAUAAUAAAUGUACCACUGAUGCCAUGUUUUCUGUACUACAUGAGGUUUAUCAAGCACCAAACAAUAAUCUGCACACUGCCACUGUUUUUUGUGUUUAUGCCAAAGCUUUUGAUUGUAUAAAUAACGACAUUUUGAUAAAAAAUAGUAUAUUGUACAAGUGAGAAAAAAGACAUAUUUCUCACGAGCGCAAAGUGCCGCAAAACAAGCGAGGGAGAAAUAUGUCAUUUUUUCUCGUGUUGUACACUGUACUUUUUCUAUGGAUGCGUUUUUGUCAAGAGUUCAAACUUCAAAAUUAAAUAAUUUAGGUGCUUUUAGGUCUACUAUAUGCCUAAACUAAAAUAAAAUACAUAUACACAUACCGGGUGGACCAAAAAACUCAGUUAACGCUAUCAAAAAAAAAAUCACGCGCAAGUUUGCCGCGUCUCCAAGAAAAUGGAUCAUGCUCUGUGAGGGGCGAAUUCUUAAUAUUCUUUUGUCGUUUGUAGCAGCCACAUCGCGAUGGCAGCGCAGCUCCAUCGCUCCCACAAUUGAUCAGGAGAAGAGACACAAUUGAAUGGCCUGCGCGUUCGCCAGAUUUGACGCCCUGUGAUUUUGCCUUGAGGGGAGUACUUAAAGAUAAAGUUUUUGCCACCCCAAUAAGGGAUGUGCAGCACAUAAAAGACAGGAUUGCAAAAGAAUUUGAAGUUAUCCGUGCCAACUUGGAAUUCUGUAGAAAGACUUGUUUCAAUGUGUAUAAGCAUUGCCAAAAAUGUAGUGCUGAAAGAGGUUUACUUAUAAACAAUAAAUGGUUUUUUCCUCCAGAUUUGUUUGCUUUUAUUAAUGUACAAAAAUGGUUAAUUGACUUUUGGUCCACUCGGUAUGUAGGUAUUCAAUAUUGUAAAUAUUUAUAUAUUUUAUUUAAAAUUAUACUUAACAGUUAUAUUUGAACAAUUUUGAAAGGUAAUUCCUGGUAAGUUUUGCUUCAACACAUUUUGUUUAACAACACUAAUUGUGUUUGUAUUGUGCAUGUUACCAUGGAAACGGCGAUCAUAUGUCUGGAAAACGGCGGAGAACCCGUGAGAAAAAAUAUUGCUCACUGCAAUGGCCGACUUUUCUCACUGCGUGAGAAAUUGUUCGUUUUGAAUGUGUGUAAAUAGUGAGAGAAGUUGCACAUUGUAUAGCAUGCAUAGAAAAAAUAAAUUUCUACGGAAUUCGAGGUAUUUCUUUGAAUUAGUUUCAAUCUUACUUGGAUAAUAGGAAACAACUGGUUAGAGCAAAUGAUACAGACUCUAGUCUCAAAAAUAUUGUAUGUGGAGUACCACAAGGUUCAGUAUUGGGUCCUCUACUUUCCAUUAUCUUUAUUAAUGACAUCACUAGUUUAAAAAUCGAUGAACAAGUUUUUCUUUUUGCUGAUGAUACCAUUGUCACUUGGAGCAACUCAAAUAUCGCAACUCUUCAUGCUACUAUAACUUCUGAUCUACUCACAAUAAAAUCCUGGUCUGAUUCUAAUUUACUCUCUUUUAACGUAGAUAAAACAGUAGCAAUAUCUUAUAAAGGAGCUCUUCAACCCUACCUCUUGUGAGCGGCCGUGGGUAACGGCAUAAACGCUGGCCUCAUACGCCAGUAGACGUGGGUUCGAUCCCUGCCAAAGACAAACCAUUUUCAUUUCCAACAAUGACACGAGCCGUCUCACCGUGCCUCGGAGAGUACGUUAAGCCGUCGGUCCCCCUGGGCUAGUGUACAUCGACACUAGUUACUUGAAACAGGGUUAAAGAUGUAAUUGGCGCUGGAACUAUCCGAAAGGAUCUCCCCGGCAAAAAUGCCAUACGAUAUUAUUAUUAUUAUUACCCUACCUCUUCAUAACAGCCAGAUCAGUAUCGUUGAUUAUGUAAAGUUUCUUGGUAUUUUUUAAGAUAGAAACCUUAAAGGGUCCCUUCAUAACGAUGUGUUAAGCAAGAAACUAUCUUCAGCUUGUGAUGCAAUAAGAUCUGUUUCGAAGGAAAUCAAUUUAGCCUCUUCCAAAAUAAUAUAUUUUUCUUUGUUCGAGUCGCAUCUUCGAUAUGCUUUUCCUUUUUGGGGUUCUGGUACAGCUGCCCAAUCCGAUGUGAUUUUUAAACUACAAAAAAGAGCAAUAAGAUAUCUGUUUGGCCUUAAAAGAACAACACAUUGCACAAGCUACUUCAAAGAUCACAGGAUCCUAACACUACCUUUAUUAUAUAUUUUAGAAACUGUUUGCUUAAUUCGUAAACAUCUACAUGUCUUUCCAGCAAGACUAGUCAUGGCUAUUCCAUCAGAAAUUAUACCUUUGACAUCUAUUUAUCGAUCCACUGAGUUAGUAAAGAAAUCUAUAUUUAUUCUGCAAAAAAAACUAUAACCAUCUCCCUCUACAACUUAAAUCUGCAACAUCUUUCCCCAAGUUCCGUAAAAUGACAAAGGCUUAUCUAUAUGAAAGACCAUAUUAUUCAGUAGCAGAGUUUCUUAACCAAUAACUAAGAAAUUACAGUAUUCUUAUGUAUAAGUAGAAUUUUAAUCUAUAUUUGGGUGUCAUAUGCGGCAGCUUAACUUACAAUCAAUAUUGUAAUCUUAGUCAAUAUUCAACUAGUGCUGUGAAUACGAACACUAAGGAAAAACUUUUUUAUGUGAAAUUUGCAGCAAAUAUUUUUCACAAUUUUUCCAUUUAAAAGAACAUCAAAUAGUGCACACUGGAAGAACGCCUUACAAGUGUGAAAUCUGUUUUAAGCAGUUCAUUACAACAAUGGGUUUGAAACAACAUAUGAGAUUGCACACUGGAGAAAAACCAUACAAGUGUGAAAUUUGUUCUAAGCAAUUUACCCAAAGAGGUAAUUUGAAAAAACAUACCAGAGUGCACACUGGGGAAAAACCUUACAAGUGCGAAAGUUUCAAGCAGUAUAGUGGUUCAUUUGAAUUGAAAAUACAUUUAAGAACGCACACUGAAGAUAAACCUUACAAGUGUGAAAUUUGUUAUAAGCAAUUUGGCGAUUCACGUAAUUUGAAAAGACAUUUGAUAGUGCACAAAGGAAAAAAAUCCUACCAAGUGCGAAAUUUGUUUCAAGCACUUUUCUCAGAGAAGUAGUUUGAAAAGACAUUGUAGAGUGCACACUGGAGAAAAACCUUACAAGUGUGACAUUUGUUUUAAGCAGUUUAGUCAAACAAGUACUUUGAAAACACAUUUGAAAGUGCAUACUGAUGAAAAAGCUUACUUAAAUGCACUAUACCCUGUUUUAUGCCACCACAUAUAAAUAUUCAAAGAAGGUAUGCUGCACAUGGAAAUCACAAUAUACAAUUAAUUUUUUCAUCCAUAAAAGUUUUGUAUAUCAUCCUAGAAAUAGAGACCACCCCAGUUCAAUUGACUUUCCUAACAAAGUCAGACAAGGGUAUACAACAUUUUGUAUCCAGUAGUAGGUAUAAACUCGGGACACUGCUGUGUUGCCAAAAUUAUUUUAUCGAUUUCGUAUAACACGAAACCUGUGUAUUUAUUACUGUGUUAAUAGAAAUAAGAAUAAGAUAAGAAUAAAUGUUAAUAAGAGAACUUAUAGACUUUUGGUAUGUACAAACUUGAUAUUAAUAAUAAGUAUUUAGUUUCUAGCUGUUGUUUUCCUUAACUGUAAAAUUAAAAUAAAGUAUAUCUAAUA